AUGGUCUACAUCAGAGCAAAGAAGUUGCCAGGCCUUAAGGAGUACAAAUAUGCUGGAGUCGACAAGUCCUUAACGUCGCGCUAUAUUUUGAAGCCCUUCUACAACAAUGUUGCGAUCAAGUGUUUUCCAAUGUCCAUGGCGCCAAAUGCGAUCACCCUUUCUGGCUUUAGCUUCGUGAUUAUCAACUUCCUUACACUACUAUGGUACAACCCUACGCUCGAUCAGGAUAUGCCUCCCUGGGUCUACGCGUCGUGGGCAGUUGGGCUAUUCCUAUACCAGACGUUCGACGCAGUAGAUGGCACGCAAGCGCGGAGAACGCAUCAGAGCGGUCCUCUCGGAGAGCUCUUUGAUCACGGUGUCGAUGCUUGCAAUACCGUCCUCGAAGUUCUUCUCUUCGCCGGAGCCUUGAACGUCGGACAGAGCUGGUACACAGUGUUGACCCUCUUUGGAUCGACAUUCACAUUUUACAUCCAAACAUGGGACGAGUACUACACCCAAGAACUCGUAUUGGGAGUCGUAUCCGGUCCGGUCGAGGGCAUACUUACCCUCUGCAUAGUCUACGCAACUACAGCUUUUAUAGGAAGGGGGAGCUUCUGGCAAGAGUCUGCACUAAGCAGUUUGGGCGUCGAAAAGCACGCUGCACUUCCGGACAUCAUCUACAACUUAUCUUGGAUUGAAUGGUGGAUAUUCUACGGAGGUCUAGUGUUGGUAGGCAACACUCUUUCAAGUAUCAAGCAUGUCCUCGACGUCCGCCGUGAGCAGAAGAAGUCGCUAGACGCACCACUAUACGGUCUCAUUCCGUAUCUGACAGCUUGGUUCUUCGUUCCUAUCUAUCUCUACCUCCAACCAAUCAUACUCGAGCAUCACUUGAUACCUUUCGUCUUCUACGUUGGUCUCAUCAACGCCUAUUCCGUCGGCCAGAUCAUCAUCAAACAUCUCACGAAGGACACUAAAUUCCCAAUGUACAAUGUUCUCACGAUGCCUCUAGGUCUAGCUGUGGUAGAUUCACUCGGGCCAGCACUGGGCCUUUGGCCAAGCGCCUUGGGUGGCGGGACCUAUCAGAUCGCCUUUCUCUUCUGCUGUGUAGGACUCGGUGUGGGUGUAUACGGGAGCUUUGUGGUACGUCGUACACGCACUUCGUUGAGCCGUGCCUACUGA